AAGGGGGAGGGAUUGCCAUGGUCAUGAAAGCUUCACUUUGCAGAAUGUGUCUGCCAGGUCCUACUGUCCGUCUCUUUCCAAGGGUGUAGUAUCUCCAAGGUCCAGGUUUGCUUUUAUUUCUUGUGCCUGUGCAAUCCUGACAGCAGAGCUUAUCUCCAGCAGUCUUGACUGAAGAAAAAUUUACAUCCUUUUGUUACUGCCAUGAGGUCUACAUACAAGCUCUUUCUCCUUGCAGUGGUUUCCUUUUAUUUUAAUGGAAGCAAGGCAGCAGAUGCUGAAGAGAAGCUAAUGAACCACCUAUUAAGCUCUGAGAGGUAUAAUAAGUUAAUUCGCCCAGCAAUCAACUCCUCCCAGUUGGUAUCUAUACAGCUACAAGUUUCUUUGGCACAGCUAAUCAGCGUGAAUGAACGUGAACAGAUCAUGACCACAAAUGUCUGGCUGAACCAGGAAUGGACUGACUAUCGUUUGGUAUGGACACCUUCUGACUACGAAGGCAUAAAUAAGCUAAGGAUACCUGCUAAACAUAUUUGGCUGCCAGACAUCGUACUUUAUAAUAAUGCGGAUGGCACAUAUGAAGUCUCCCUGUAUACAAAUGCAAUUGUAAAGAACAAUGGAAGCAUUUUCUGGUUGCCACCAGCCAUCUACAAGAGUGCCUGCAAGAUUGAGGUGAAGCAUUUUCCAUUUGAUCAACAAAAUUGCACAUUAAAAUUCCGGUCUUGGACAUAUGAUCACACAGAGAUUGAUAUGGUACUUAAAACGUCCAUGGCAAGCAUGGAUGACUUUACACCCAGUGGAGAGUGGGACAUUAUAGCACUCCCCGGAAGAAGAACUGUAAACCCCUUGGAUCCAAAUUAUGUUGAUGUGACAUAUGAUUUUAUUAUUAAAAGAAAACCUCUUUUUUAUACCAUCAACCUUAUCAUUCCCUGUGUGCUAAUUACAUCCUUGGCCAUCCUGGUGUUCUACUUGCCUUCGGACUGCGGUGAAAAGAUGACCUUAUGCAUAUCUGUACUGCUUGCUUUGACUGUGUUCUUACUGCUGAUCUCCAAAAUUGUCCCUCCAACAUCACUGGAUGUUCCAUUGAUUGGAAAGUAUCUGAUGUUUACAAUGGUACUAGUGACAUUCUCAAUAGUUACCAGUGUCUGUGUACUAAAUGUCCAUCACAGAUCUCCCAGUACUCACACUAUGCCUCCAUGGGUUAAGCUGAUUUUCCUUGAGAGACUUCCAACAUACCUGUUCAUGAGGCGCCCAGAGAAUAAUUCUGCAAGGCAAAGGUUAUGCAAUCGCAGAAAGACUAGAUCUGAGAACCUGUGCGCUGAUCCAGCUGACCUGUAUAAGAGCUCCACCUAUUUUGUGAACAUUGCCUCUGCCAAAAAGUAUGAUCUGAAAUUGACAGAGAAUCCUGAUAACAUCAGUAGCCAUCGAGAUGUCAGGUUGCGAUCUUCAACAAAGUUUUCUCCUGAAGUCCAAGAAGCAAUUGAUGGGGUCAGUUUUAUAGCAGACCACAUGAAAAGUGAUGACAAUGACCAGAAUGUCAUUGAAGAUUGGAAAUAUGUUGCCAUGGUAGUGGACAGACUGUUUCUUUGGAUAUUUGUCUUUGUUUGUGUACUGGGGACUGUUGGAUUAUUUCUCCAGCCACUUUUUCAAAACCACUCUGUUGCUGGAAACCUGUAAUUUGCAUUUAAAGUUGUCAAAUGCUUACAUAGAUGCUGGCCCAUGCUCUGCUUUCAGUUCCGCAUCAAAUGAAUGGUUCUGGGUUUAACUGAGAAGUAAGACAGCAUUUGUCUUGUUGUGUUAUAAUGAUAGAAAAUAUCCAAAAGACAAUUUCUUUUUUAAUUUAAUUAUUUUGAGGCAAAAUUGGUGCUCUCAAUCUGGUUAAACCCAAGUUUUACCGAAAAAGAUGUUAAUCUAUUCAAUCUGAGUCAGGCUACACAAGGAUUAUUAAAAUCAUAUCGUACUUGGG